AGAAUGCUGAAGAAUCGAUGCUCGACGUGCAGGACCGCGGUCGGUGGGCGAGAGCUUGUACCUGAACCCGGAGACGGGGGAACUGUUCGUGAAGCAGCGGAUCGACCGGGAAGCGACGGCCUGGCUCAAUUUCUCCAUCCGGGCGACCGACUCGGGUCGACCGCCGAGGUCGAGUAUCGUGCCGGUGACGGUGCAGGUGCUGGACGAGAACGACAACAACCCGGAGUUUGUGGACAACAUCAGGAACAUCACGGUUCGAGAGGACGUCCGGAUCGGUAC